AUGGAAGAACCAGAACGACCGCUUAAUCCAAGCGCACAAAAUGGUUCUAACAGUACAUGUGGCGGAUAUGCUUCCACUAUGGGCCGAUUUUUCCACCAGAGAUCGAGUGCCUUUGACUGUAUGCACCCUCCUUCCGGCGGUGUAGGAGUGGGGGUCGGGCUGCCCCCUCCCCCACCCUCGGGGUUCGGGUACUCUGGCUAUCCCGGUGAGUGGGGUUUCAUGUCAGGAACAUAUUCACCCGGAUUUAAUUUCAACAGAACGUUUAACACCCCGUCUGCCAAUCUUUUCCCUGUAUCAACCCGGGAUUUUAACGUCUCCCUGCCUUCUGUGACAUCAGGACCUCCUCCCCUUAUAGGGUCAAGCCCGACCUCCGGGGUACUACCGUGUGAAACAUCAGACGCAUACGAGUCGGGUGUGUGUGGGUCGUCAUGCAGUCCGUCACCCACAGGCCCCUGUCUGACAGACGACCUGGACCGGAAGGAAAAUAAAAACAGAGAUACGAGCGACCCUUAUAAAUUAGAUUUAUCAGUAAAACCUAGAAAGGAGAGAACGGCAUUCACCAAACACCAAAUUCGGGAACUAGAGAAGGAAUUUUGUGUCCAUAACUAUCUAACGCGGCUACGUCGAUACGAGAUCGCGGUGGCGUUGGACCUAACAGAGAGACAGGUAAAAGUAUGGUUCCAAAACCGACGAAUGAAAUGGAAGCGCGUGAAAGGUACCAAGUUAGUUAAGGAUAAAGUGGACGGUCAGCUGAAACCGAUAAUGGCACCAAACAUCACCUCUACAAGUGUCUCACAGGCCGACGAUACUCAGAGAACUUCAGUAUGUGACAUGCCGCCAUCUUGA